AUGCCGUGGAGAGCGCGUAGUUCGUUCUGUGAGCUUUAACUUGACAACUUGAAUGGCUCUUCUCGUGUAAAUGGGAGUGGUAAAUUUUCUUUCUUUUAUCACAUAUAGAGCCAGAAAAUCGGUACAGCGUAUGCGUAUUAUUAUAUAUUGUGUAUUUAACUGGGACUUGGAUUUCUAAUGGAUAAUGAGAGCAAUAUAUUUUCAGAACCAAUGAUAGCUCUGAACAGCCAAUAUGAUCUCUGACGAAGGAUCGCGUGCGGGCACUCAUGACUAGUUUGUCAUCUGAAGUGAUGGACGUGCGCUUUCUUAACAAGAUGCACGACACCUCUACAACUUUGCCGACGCUAAGUUUCAUGGAUAACGAGACCAGAUGCGGAGAGCCGACUUUGAGUUACGGACAUGUUGAGAAAGUGCUAAUCGGAGGGGUUCUGACAUUGCUUACCUUUUUAACAGUUUGCGGGAAUGUGUUGGUGGUCAUAUCAGUGUGUUUUGUGAAAAAACUGAAGCAACCUUCUAAUUACUUAAUCGUUUCUCUGGCCGUUGCAGACCUGUCGGUUGCGGUGGUAGUAAUGCCGUUUGUCAGCAUCACUGAUCUCAUAGGAGGACAGUGGAUCUUUGGUCGUGUUUUCUGUAAUGUUUUUAUCGCCAUGGACGUGAUGUGCUGCACCGCUUCAAUAAUGACAUUAUGUGUCAUAAGCAUAGACAGGUACCUGGGCAUCACUAAGCCAUUGACGUAUCCCGUCAGACAGAGUGGAAAGUGCAUGGCCAAAAUAGUGCUGUUUGUAUGGCUUCUCUCUGCCUCCAUCACCCUACCCCCACUGUUUGGAUGGGCUCAGAAUGUCAACGAUGACAAUGUGUGUCUGAUCAGCCAGGACCUGGGUUAUACUAUCUACUCCACCGCUGUGGCCUUCUACAUUCCCAUGUCUGUGAUGCUCAUUAUGUACUACCGGAUAUACAGAGUUGCAAAGGUGAGUGCUGCCAAACACACAAUCGCUGGUUUUCCCAAACCCGAAGAUGAGGAAAGCGUGAACUGCGUGACUGUGGUCCUAAAGCUGCAAAGGGAGGUGGAGGAGUGUGUAAGCUUUUCAGGCUUUCUCAAAAAUGACCGUAAAAACAUCUCCAUCUUCAAAAGAGAGCAGAAGGCAGCGGCCACCCUCGGGAUUGUUGUGGGGGCUUUCGCCAUAUGCUGGCUGCCCUUCUUCCUGCUUUCUACGGCGCGGCCGUUCAUCUGUGGAGUGCAGUGUAGCUGCGUGCCUUUGUGGGUGGAGAGGACACUGCUUUGGCUGGGCUAUGCCAACUCGCUCAUCAACCCUUUCAUUUAUGCAUUCUUCAACAGAGACCUCAGGACCACCUACCAUAACCUCAUCCGCUGCCGCUAUCGCAACAUCAACCGCAAGCUAUCGGCAGCCAGCAUGCAUGAGGCUUUGAAACUAGCUGAGAGACCUGACCUGGUGCUGUAGACUGUCUGUACCCUUCAUGUCUCUCUAGGGACUGAUGCAGUCACAAGGAGGCUGAUAGACGUUUUUGAUGUAUUCCUUAUUGCUCUCGCAGAGGAGCUUUUCAGUCACUUCAAUUAAGUCAAAUUGCAAUAGCUUCAAUUACGUGAAAUUGGAACAGUUGUAAAGCUUCUUGAAAUGUUUAUAAAAUGCUUAAUAAAUUAGAUCUUAUUGCUGUAAAAUGUGUUUGAUGAAGGAGCAAAAUAGUAAUCAAAAUCAAAGUGCGGUGAAUACACAGUAUCGUGUUCGUAUUUCAUACGGUAUUCUUUGUUGUUUAUUUCUGUGCUUAUAUUAUGUGUGACCCUGCACCAAAAAAAUCAAUCAUAAAGGGUCAAUUAGGUUUAUGCACCAUCUGAAAGCUGAGCUGAAUCCACGGAUGUUUACUAGGACAGUACAAUAUUUGGCUGAGAUACAAUUAUUUGAAAAUCAAAAAUCUGAUGGUGCAAAAAAAAAAA